GAAGUUCCUUUUCUUUUUACCCCCUCCCUCCCUCUCUUGUGUUCUUCUCCUCUCUUGGCUAGUUGGGCGCAACCUCACACCUUAGCGGAGUUGAAAGUUCUGUUUGUGCCUUAUUAGAGGGGUCCUAACUGACAACACACACCAAGGCAGCCCAGGACAGGCUUCAUACAUUGCCUUGUAAUGUACAGAGACUUUUUUUGGCUGCAACAUAUUGCCAUUGUUUUUGUCAGCCUCAAAUUUGGGACUUUAUCUUGCAUCUGCAAUAUAUUGAGGAGUUUUUUGGGGGCAUCUUGUUGAGAAUAAGAGCAAGUUCCCCUGUUGGUGACCUGAAGGUCCAGAGACAGAGAGGCAGAGAUGUUCUCUAAAAGCAGUGUCUCAGCCUGUGACUCUUUUGUAUUUCUUUCAGAGGCUCCGUUGUCAAACCAUGGUGCUGCCUCCGAGACCACAAGCGCUGAGAAUAUGCAAUGCUUAACGGUGACCAUCCCUCGAGGAAAGGACGGCUAUGGCUUCACCAUCUGCUCUGACUCUCCAGUGAGGGUACAAGCCGUCGAUCCAGGUGGUCCGGCGGAUCAGGCAGGUCUGCAGCAGUUGGACACUGUGCUGCAGCUCAAUGGUCAGCCUGUAGAACAGUGGAAAUGUGUGGAGCUCGCCCACGCCAUCAGAAACAGCUCCAAUGAGAUCACGGUGGUGGUGUGGCGCACCGGGCCGGCCGCCAAGCCCAGUUUUGAGGGCCUCAUUCACCGGCCCUCCUACAAGCCCAACUACGACACCCCCUCACCCCCCACCAGGCGGAGGGACAGGUCCAAGGACCGGCUAGACCGUGACAAGAUCCCCCCGGCCGUGCCCCCCCUCCCUGCCCACCACAGGACCAGCCGCCGGGUGCUAGUCAACGGCUCUGAGGGGGGCAGCAGGGGAGGGGCAGGAGGAGUAGGGGGGCCGUGGGGGGAGAGGAGGUGCGUAGGAGGGGGGGCGGAGGAGGUGGAUGGUAAAGCCAGGAGCCAGACCCAUAGCCAGAGCCACACAGCCACGCUGAAGGGGACUAGAGUGAAGGCGUCCAACGGAGAUAACUACAUCAUCCUGGCCCCCAUAAACCCAGGAAGCCAGGUACUGCCAGGGGAGCAGAGGCUCAUGGUCCAUCCCAGGCUCCUGCCUUACCCCCUCGAUGGCACUAUCUAGACCCUGACAUACACUGGAGAUCUCAAUAUGUGCCAUUCAUACCUGCCAUAGAUCUGUGCCAAUCCUACCUGACAUACACUAUCUGCCAUUUAAAUCGGAGAUAUACCCUGCCAUUCUAACCUGAGAAAUAUCUGUGUAAUUCAAACUGACACGUGCAUUCUGUAAAUCACAUAUACUAUAUAUAGUGAAUAGUUAAAUAGGUAGUUGAAUGAGAAAUUGUGAAAAAAAGUAUACAAGCAAGAGUUGAUUUGCUGCAAUAGUAAGUUAGAUUCAAGCCCCUAUAUGGGGAAAGCCACAGUUGGCCCAUGGGGUGUUCUAUCAAAUGAUGCACACUGUAACAUCCUGUGACAUGCUGUAUAUGAGGCAAUAGCUCUUUAUGAUAAAGACAUAAUAAAGUGUAACAAAUGGAAAAAGA